AUGAUUUCAACAAUAGGUUCUACAACACUUCAAGCCGCGAACGGCGGGACUCUGUCCACAACAACUUCACCAAACUCUUUAGUUAUGAAUCCAACAUCUAUGUUAGUUGAGAUGAAAAGCUUCAUUCCUUCUUCAUAUACUUUCGAAACAACAAUCCAGAAGACAAAGCAAGAACUUUUAACAAGUACUUUGGACUGUUGUGCGAAAGAUGAACAAAAUGAACAAUAUCUUUAUGAAAUGCAGGACAUUAUUGACCAUUUACCCAAAUUGCCUGAAAUCCAACAACAAAAGCUCACUAUUCCUGAAUUCGAUGAAAUAGAAGUCAAAGCAACUGACUCAGUAGAAAUUAAGAAAUUCAUACGUAAAGUAAAUUAUGAAUUCCUUGGUUUUCAUUGCAACCAUAAAGUUAUGGACAAAGAUUGCGACAUGGUUUAUAAAAAUAUUUCUGACCUUUACAAAUCCGAAGAAUUUAAGACAUACGAUAACUUUGUUUCAUUAGUUGCAAAAUGUGUUUGGGAAAUAAGAGAUAAAGAUAGAAGAGGUAAAGUAUGGAAUGAACAGAUAAAACCAGCAGCUUUUGAGUUAAAGAAAACCAUUGACGCUUUAGUUGUUCUAGCUGGUUUUAUUUCAAUGUAUAACGCAAAAAUGAAUCCGCAAUGUUCAAAAUGUAAAGCAGCAAUAAGAAAAUAUAACUACUCCGUCAAAGAGAUAGAACGUAUGAGAAACGACUAUGCAGACUUAAAGAAAGAAGCAGAAAAGCCAGCAGAAGAUAAAAUGGAUAUGUUGACAUUUCUUAAUAAAAACUAUCCAACAGCAGAAGAUUUCCUUUUAUCUGACGUCAAGAAGAAGUAUAAAGAAACCUUCGGCAUUGUUAAAACAUUCGAUGUACUAAAAGAAGAAAUAGAAGCUACGAAAUUGUUUAGAAUCUCACGAAUUCAUAACGUCUACCAUGUAAAACGUUUAUAA